AUGACACCUUCAUCAGACCUCAAACUGCUCGAUCUCAUCACCGCCAUUGACAAUGCACCCCUCGAUUUUGCAUCAAAUUAUGCCCCCUACUACCGUCUCUUUCUCUCUCCCGACCCUCGCCCUCAUGGCUUCAUCCUCCCCGCCACAGUCUCCCUAAUGCCAUGGCCCACAUCCUUCACUAUCGACCACGGCAACGGCACCGUCACAUUGAAUGAACCUGCAUCUGGCUCAACACUUACAGAGCACGCGAAUGCUGCAUUCCAACAAGCUGUUGAUAAAGCCGUUGACGAUGACCUGUUUCCUAUUCUGCACAAGGAACACAGUGAGUACUUUCGUAUAGUCGGCGCAAGGGAAUUCGUGCAGGUCGAGAGGUUUGCUGCUCCGUUAUUUGGCAUUGCGACGAGGGGUGCUCAUUUGACGGGCUAUGUACGCGGUGGUGAUGGCGGGAUAAAGAUCUGGGUUGCGAGACGGAGUCGUCACCUCUUCAGCUACCCUGGUCUUCUUGACAGUACUGUCGCUGGUGGUAUCAAGGCCAGUGAUACACCACUUGCAUGCAUCAAAGCCGAAUCUACCGAAGAAGCUUGUCUUCCACCAGAUCUCGUCUCGUCGAGCGUUGAACCCGCGGGAGCGAUAACGCUGGCCAACAUCAACCAGAAGUCAAAGCUAUUCCACUCAGAUAUCAUCUACGUCUUCGAUCUAGAGAUGCCGGGGGAUGUUAUUCCUCGACCGGGAGACGAUGAAGUGGAGGAGUUUGUGCCGAUGGAUUGUCAGGAAGUGGUACAGCGCAUGUUGGCGGGAGAGUUCAAGCCGAAUGUGUGUCCUGUGAUGAUCGACUUCUUGGUCAGGAAGGGUUUCAUCACGAAAGAGAACGAGAGUGACUUUGAGGAGAUCCAGAGGAGGUUGAGGAGAGAGAUUCCUGUGCCGAUGGAGUCUGAUGCAUAG